GCGCUGCACAUUCGAGUUGGAUCGCUGACGGAAUCAACAUCGCCCCAAAAUGAGCUCACAAAAAUGGGAGGACAACGAGGAAAUUAAGAUUUUCCGGGACUACUUGCGCAUUGCCACCGUGCAGCCAGAUGUGGAUUACACCGAGUGCGUGGAGUUCCUUAAGAAACAGGCCCAUAGCCUGGAUCUGCCCGUGGAUGUCAUUCAUCCUGUGGAGGGCAAGCCAGUGGUGAUCAUUAAGUGGCUGGGAACCGAGCCGGAGCUGCCAUCGAUCAUCCUGAACUCCCACAUGGACGUAGUGCCAGUGUUCCGCGAAAAGUGGACCCAUGAUCCCUUCGCCGCCGACAUCGAUGAGGAGGGCAACAUCUAUGCCCGCGGCACACAGGACAUGAAGUCGGUGGGCACUCAGUAUCUCGGAGCUAUUCGUCUGCUGAAGGCCAGCGGUGUCCAGCCCAAGCGUACCAUAUUCGUGACCUUUGUGCCGGACGAGGAGAUUGGUGGCGAACUGGGCAUGCAGGAGUUUGUCAAAACGGAGUACUAUGCCAACAUGAAUGUGGGAUUCAGUUUGGAUGAGGGAGGCACCAGCGAAAUCGACCUAUUCUAUGUCUUUUAUGCCGAGCGUAUGCGUUGGGGACUUAAACUGAACUUCAGUGGCACCUCUGGACACGGCUCGAUGCUACUCCCUAACACCGCCGGCGUGAAGCUGAACUAUGUGCUGAACAAACUCAUGGAGUUCCGGGACUCGCAGGUCCAGCGACUGGCCAGGGAUCAGACCAUCAACAUCGGUGAUGUGACCACCAUCAAUCUCACCCAGCUGAGCGGCGGAGUCCAGAGCAAUGUGGUGCCGCCGCACUUUGAGGCUGUCUUCGACAUGCGCCUGUCCAUCACCCUAGAUGUGGUUGCCUUUGAGAAGCAGAUCCAUGACUGGUGCGAGGAGGCGGGCGGCGGCAUUGAGAUCUCCUUCGAUGAGAAGGAGCCCUAUGUGGCACCCACCAAGAUCGACGACUCGAAUCCCUUCUGGCUGGCCUUCAAAGCUGCCACUGAUGAGCUUGGCCUGAAAAUCUACCCAAUUGUCUGUCCUGGAGCCACCGACAGCCGGAACAUUCGUGCUAAGGGCAUUCCUGCCCUCGGAUUCUCACCCAUCAAGAACACCACCAUGCGAAUCCACGACCACGACGAGUUUCUGGGAGCUGAUACCUAUUUGAAGGGUAUUCAAAUAUACAAGAAAAUUCUUGGCAACCUGGCCGAAGUCUGAAAAUAAUUCGAAAUAUAGAAUGGAAACCUUAUCGCAUUAAAGAUUGAUCAGUUGUGCACAAAUUGAUAUGAAAA